AAGCAAUUUAGUCGUUCCAGCGAAAUAAACAGCCAGCCUGUUCCCAGAACUGCGGGUUAAACAAUGAAAGCACGUGAUCUCUGUUUACUUCCGGUUUGGUUUUUCCGACCUUGCCCUAAGAAGCAGCGGGAUCAGACCUGAGCGGUGUUAAGUGAAGUCAUGGGACUGAUUCUUUUUUGCUGGAUUGCUUCGCUUUUGUAUCAGCAGAUUUGUGCUGCACCAAGAGAUCAUGUUUUUAGAGAGAGACCCCUACUGGAAAUAAGUAAAUUCUGGCAUAUCUCAGACCUGCACAUCGAUCCUACCUACCAUAUCACGGAAGAUCACACCAAAGUGUGCUACUCCUCGAAGGGCUUCCCUGCAUCCGACCCAGGAAUCUUUGGAGAUUUCAUGUGUGACUCUCCUUACGAGCUAAUUCUGUCUGCCUUCAGUUAUAUGAAAAGUGUGGACCUCGAGCCUGAAUUUAUUAUCUGGACUGGAGACAGUCCUCCACAUGUGCCAGCAGAGAAGCUGUCCACAGACACUGUGAUAAAUAUGAUCAGCAAUAUGACUCUCACCAUACGGCAGUUCUUCCCUCAGCUGCCAGUGUACCCUGCCCUGGGCAACCACGACUACUGGCCACAGGAUCAACUUCCAGUGAAUGAAAAUGACAUUUACCAGGCUGUAGCCAGAAUUUGGUCUCCAUGGCUACAACCAGAAGCCCUCAUUACUCUACGUAAAGGGGGCUUUUACUCUCAGCUGAUUAAGCCUGGACUCCGGCUGGUGAGCCUGAACACAAACCUUUACUACAGUCCCAACAAAGUAACGGUGAACAUGUCUGACCCAGCUGGUCAGUAUGAGUGGCUGCAAGACACACUGGAGCUUUCCAAACAGAACAUGGAGAAGGUCUAUGUGAUCGCUCAUGUCCCAGUUGGUUACCUGCCAUAUGCUAAAAACACCACAGCCAUGAGGGAGGGUGAUAACGAAAGACUUGUGAAUAUAUUCCGCAACUACAGUGACAUUAUUCAGGGACAGUUUUAUGGUCACACUCAUCGAGAUAGCAUGAUGGUUCUUCUGGAUCGUAAAGGGAAGCCUGUUAACUCCAUCUUUGUGACGCCGGCUGUGACCCCAUACAGAAGUUUCCUAGAGCAAUAUUCGAAUAACCCUGGUGUCCGCAUGUACCUCUACAAUUCCCAAGACUAUGGCUUACAGGAUCUUUGGCAGUUCUACUUGAACCUCACUGAAGCAAAUCAGGAAGAAAAGCCCAAUUGGAGACUUGAAUACAUCAUGACCAAAGCUUUUGGUAUCACAGACAUUCAGCCAGAAAGCCUGCAUGAACUCGCACUAAAGUUCGAGGCACCAGAAAGCAAAGAAUUCCAGAAGUACUUCACUUACUUCAUGGUCAGUUACAAUGACACUGUAACCUGUACAGAGGAGUGUAAAACCAUUCAGGUCUGUUCUGUGCACUUUCUGGACCACGAGUCCUAUUCAGAGUGUCUACAAAAGGUCACAGGUGGUGACUUUUAAUGGAGAAGCCUUUUUGGAUUUUUUUUUUUUAUUAACUUGCAAUAAAGGGAAUAAAUCUGAGCCAUUCUGCUGGUAAAGGGAGUGAAUCUUUUAGUUUACAGGUAUUCUGUUCUAUACAACUAUUACUGGCAGCUAAAGACUUAUAUAUCAUAUGACAUAUGACAGACUGGGUAUGUUCUUUGCGUUUAAUCAAAUUUUGUCUAUCAAAGUUGCCAAAUUGUUCAUUUUAUGGACAUUAUUGAUACAACUGAUUAAUUUAAUAAUAAAAAAAAAUUGAUUUAUUGUACAAUAGGGUCCUCACUGUACAGUAAAGAAAUGACUGUUAAAAGCAGCAAUACUGUGUUUGUUCUGCUUUGCCAAUUCUACUGCACCUUCACUGUGCCACUGAAUUGUAAGCUCCAUAAAGUUUAUAUUGAAAUGAAGUUGUGUUCUAUAAUGCAACAGCAAUCUAAAGCACAAGGCAAAAUCAACACAUUUGAAAAGAUGUUUUCUUUAAAGUGUUCAAAUUUCUGUCCAAGAUGAGCAUGGAGGGAAUAAUUGUGAAUAUAUAUAUAUAUGUAGUGAAUGUACUUCUAUUUGUAAGAUCUACUGUAAGUGCAAAUAAAGAUGCCAGGGUGAAGAAUACAGAAAAACUGUAAAAUGAUUAAAUGCACUACUGAACUGUGUCAUAAAUAUUUUUGUGUAUGGGACUGUAUAUAUGUGAAGUGUUGGUUUGUUGUUUUUGUGGAAGCAGUACCCACAAUAGAAUUCCAAGUAGAAUACGGAAUUAUAGAAUCGUCUCGUCACCAUAGUUUCCGGAAUAUGAUGUCACUUUGGUAAAGGUGAAGUUAAAUCCUUACACACCAACGCUUCAUUUAUUCUGUGCUGAGACAAGACACACAAGGGAGCGAAAAUGAGGUUUUGCUUUUUCAGUUCUGUGGAUAGUGAUGAUAGCGAUGGAAAUGAAAUUAAUAACCCCAACAAAGAGAAAAAGAAGGGGAAGAAAUUCAGCUGGUGGAAGAAAAAGAAGUCAUCUAAAACAGAGGAAGAAGGUAAUGAUGAUCUCCCUUGGAUAAAGGAGAACAUCUCCAGAGUUGGAAAUGAAAUUAAUAACCUCAACAAAGAGGAAAAGAAGGGGAAGAAAGUCAGCUGGUGGAAGAAAAAGAAGUCAUCUAAAACAGAGGAAGCAGGUGAUGAUGAUCUCCCUUGGAUAAAGGAGAACAUCUCCAAAGCUGGAAAUGAAAUUAAUAACCCCAACAAAGAGGAAAAGAAGGGGAAGAAAUUGAGCUGGUGGAAGAAAAAGAAGUCAUCUAAAACAGAGGAAGAAGAGGGACCCAUGGUGAAGGUGGAUGGAGAAGUUGUUCUUGAAGCCGUUAUGGAGAUCCUCAAUGUGGUCCACCAAAUUAUCGACCUCCCUCAGGGAGCAGUGCCUGUGGAAGUGGAAGCUGGAGCUUCUGGGACAGUAAGCUGGAACGUGAAGCCUCAGAAACUACUGGGGGGCACCAAGGAGCAGACGCCUGGUCGAUCGAAUAGUGAACUCAUGUCUGUUUUCCAACAGAGGACAAAUGCUUACUGGAUCGUGUUUUCAUGAGCACAAAAAGUGUACAAGGCUACUCACUCACAACUGUGGAUCCCAUAGGUGUAAGAGCCCCCCACAUUUCAAAAUGUAGGUUUUGUCCCUCCCCCAAAUACACACUUUUUCCUUUUCUAACAAAAAAUAGUCUAUACAUGAAUGUGUUUGAUGAACAGAUAAAAAGAAAGAAUAGCUUCUAGCGCCAGGAUUGCGAAAACGCCAAACAGAUAUCCCAUUGGUGUCGAGAAAUAAUUUAAUGGUAUGUGUUGAUUUAGAUUUAGAUGGUAGUUUUGACAGAACUGCUGUCUAAAGAGGAGGACAUUACACAGUUCAUAUCUCCUCCUAAUAUCAAAUAAUGUGUGUCAAGAUUUGGUAGUCUAAAGACAACGUUUGUAAAAAAAAAAAAACAAACAAAAAAAGACAUGCUAUCAUAAUUUGGUGCAUACACAUUAGUCAGGACUACUGAUAUAUCACAAAGUUUACCUACUACUAUGACAAACUGACCCCCGGGAUCUGCCUCGACCAUUGAAGCCUUGAAUGGGAUAUUUUUAUCAGUAAGAAUUGCCAUAGCCCUAGAUUUCUAAUUAAAAUUAGAGUGAUAUAACUGACCUAGCCACUCGCUGUUCCAGAAAUGGGUUUUAUGUUGGAAGAUGAUCCCCACUUUAAGUUGUUUCAAAUGGAAAAGUACUUUUCUACGUUUGACAGGGUGAUUUAAGGACUUGACAUUCCAAGUAACAAAAUAUAUAUUGCAGCCUGCUGACCUACUGGCUGUAUGAAUCAUUUUUUUAAAAAUGAUAAAUUAGACAACAAAAACAGAGUCACAGUCACACAUUUAAGUGAUAUGGUGAAAUCUCAGUGUAGCAAGCACUAACGCCCCCCUCCCCAUCCCAGACCCCCCACCACCCCCAUUCUCCUACGCCCCUGGUAGUCCCAGAAUGCAUUUUGUGAUAUGCUGGUUUGAAAAACUGUUAAACAUUUUUCUUUAAAGACAAAAAACUUUAUUAUUAUCUGUAGAAGAUGUAUAUUUUUGCCAUACAAGUCCAUAUUUACACCAAUCAGCCAUAACAUUAAAACCAUUGACAGGUGAAGUGAAUAACAUUGAUUAUCUCAUUACAGUGGCACCUGUCAAGGGGUGGGAUAUAUUAGGCAGCAAGUGAACAGUCAGUUCUUGAAGUUGAUGUGUUGGAAGCAGGAAAAAUGGGCAAGCAUAAGGAUCUGAGUUAAUUUAACGAGGGUAAAAUUGUGAUUGCUAGACAACCAGGUCAGAGCAUCUCCAAAACGACGGGUCGUGUGGGGUGUUCCCGCUAUGCCUACCAACAACGGUCCACUGAAGGACAACCGGUGAACCUGGCGACAUGGUCAUGGUUGCCCGACGCUCAGUGAUGCACGUGGGAACGGAAGGCUAGCCUGUCUGGUCCGAUCCCACAGAAGAGCUACACUAACACAAAUUACUGAUGUUUGAGGAACAUGACUUCAAGAGUUCAAGGUGUUGACUUGGCCUCCAAACUCCCCAGAUCUCAGACUUAAUAACAAUGUUGUUAUUAGUAUUAUUAUUGCUGUUAUUGUGUACCGUGUUUUUGUCUUUUUCUUUUAGGAAGAAUAUUUUUUCUAAAUUGUUUUAAAUCUUAAAAUGUAUUCUUUGCUUCAUUGUAUAUUAAAUCAAAAUGUUCAAACAUGA